CACCGCUAGCCCGUCACAGGGGCGCGACGGUGAGGCGGGCGCGAUGCGGCUCUCGGUGGCGGCCGCCAUCUCUCACGGGCGCCUGUACCGGCACUUGGGGCCGGGCCCCCGGGCCCGCCUCGACCUGCUGCGCAACCUGGUGACGGCGCUGGUGCGGCACGAGCGGCUCGAGGCGCCCUGGGCGCGCGCCGACGAGAUGCGGGGCUACGCCGAGCGGCUCAUCGACUACGCCAAGCGGGGGGACACUGACGAGCGAGCCAUGCGCAUGGCGAAUUUCUGGCUGACGGAGAAGGACCUCAUCCACAAGCUGUUCAAGGUGCUGGCGCCCCGCUUCCAGCCUCACCCCGGCAGCUACACCCGCCUGCUGCAGAUCCCCAGCCGGGACGGCACGGACUGCGCCAAGAUGGCAGUGAUCGAGCUGAAGGGGAACCCCUACCCGCCGCUCGUCCGCCCGCGCCGCGACAGCGACAAGACGCUGCUCAACCAGCUGCUGAAGGGGUACAGGGAGGACAGCCGGAGGCAAGCAGCCCCGCGGCUGCCUGAGGGCACUGCGCUGUAGGCAGCCUGCUGUGCCACGAGGGGCAUCCCACAGAUUCACACACGGGAUCAAAAGAUGACCCAAGAGGUUGCAGGGCUUAUUUCUAGCCUUAAAUUGUCACAACAGCAGCACGAGCUCAAGGUUUACUUGCCCCUUCCUGUGCAGUCAUACUCAGCAAGAGAAGGAAAUCAAGCAGGGAGCCCUAAUGGUUGAUAUUCACUUUGUAAAUAAACUAUUUAGAAAAUUA